CCGUGACAUUACCUUCUUGACUUGUGUCAGUCGGUUCUGACAAAGACGUUUAGUCUGAGCUAAAUCAGCGACCAAGUUGUUUUGAAUAUUCGGGCUUUUCCGCAAGUUUUAAUCGAAGAGUUUUCACUGCCGUAAACGUUCGCGAGCUUUUAACGUGUGUAGGCCGCAUCCGUUCACUCUUUGCCACCCUCUAAAGCGGGCAAAAGUGCAUUGUUGCGUCACGCCAGCAAGGCCAUUUUGAAUUUGUGCUCAGUUGGAUUUUUUUUCGAUUCCACGGUUUUUCGGGCUAAUUUACCGCAAAUUUUGCCCAUCGAACAGCACCGGAAAAACAUCAAAAUUCCGGUACCGACGGGGUGUACGGAUACCCUCCACGGGACAGUACAGAUGAAUAAUAGAAGAAAAGGUAGAGGAGGCGCCUCUACUAGGGAUCAAAGGCCAAGGUCCGUAGCGCCUGAGGGAGUUUACAAUAAUGUUCCUUUUAUGCAUUCUGCGACACUGCAGCUGGGCAAUAUUGCGCGAUUGAGGACAAUCUCCGGAGAAGUUUGGGAAGGUGUUUUUCGGACAUUUUCUCCUGAAUUCGAGGCUGUAUUGGAGGCGGUCGUAAAACUAGAGAAUCCAGACACGCCAGAUGAGCGCCCAUUGGCCGAGACCCAGAAGGAGUCUUUGAUUUUUAAAAUGCUCGAUGUUUUAACGAUAUCGUUCAGGGACGUCGACAUGGAUUACGCGACGAAAGACAGUUUUCAG